AUGACUGUGAGGAAAAAGGUACACAGGUACAGCUCACAGGUGCAGCUCACAGGUGCAGCUCACACAGGUACAGCUCACAGGUACAGCUCACAGGUGCAGCUCACACAGGUACAGCUCACAGGUACAGCUCACAGGUGCAGCUCACAGGUACAGCUCACAGGUGCAGCUCACACAGGUACAGCUCACAGGUACAGCUCACAGGUGCAGCUCACAAGUACAGCUCACAGGUGCAGCUCACAGGUGCAGCUCACACAGGUGCAGCUCACAGGUGCAGCUCACAGGUGCAGCUCACAGGUACAGCUCACUAGUGCAGCUCACAGGUACAGCUCACAGGUGCAGCUCACACAGGUACAGCUCACAGGUACAGCUCACAGGUGCAGCUCACACAGGUACAGCUCACAGGUGCAGCUCACACAGGUACAGCUCACAGGUGCAGCUCACACAGGUACAGCUCACAGGUGCAGCUCACAGGUACAGCUCACAGGUGCAGCUCACAUGUACAGCUCACAGGUACAGCUCACAGGUGCAGCUCACAGGUGCAGCUCACAGGUACAGCUCACAGGUGCAGCUCACAGGUACAGCUCACAGGUACAGCUCACAGGUGCAGCUCACAGGUGCAGCUCACAGGUGCAGCUCACAGGUACAGCUCACAGGUGCAGCUCACACAGGUACAGCUCACAGGUACAGCUCACAUGUGCAGCUCACAGGUACAGCUCACAGGUGCAGCUCACAGGUACAGCUCACACAGGUGCAGCUUACAGGUGCAGCUCACAGGUACAGCUCACAGGUACAGCUCACAGGUGCAGCUCACAGGUGCAGCUCACAGGUGCAGCUCACAGGUACAGCUCACAGGUGCAGCUCACACAGGUGCAGCUCACACAGGUGCAGCUCACAGGUACAGCUCACAGGUGCAGCUCACAGGUGCAGCUCACAGGUGCAGCUCACAGGUGCAGCUCACAGCAGCUCACACAGCUCACAGGUGCAGCUCACACAGGUGCAGCUCACAGGUGCAGCUCACAGGUGCAGCUCACAGGUGCAGCUCACAGGUGCAGCUCACAGGUACAGCUCACAGGUGCAGCUAACAGGUGCAGCUCACAGGUACAGCUCACAGGUGCAGCUCACAGGUGCAGCUCACAGGUGCAGCUCACAGCUCACAGGUGCAGCUCACAGGUGCAGCUCACAGGUGCAGCUCACAGGUACAGCUCACAGGUGCAGCUCACACAGGUGCAGCUCACAGGUGCAGCUCACAGGUGCAGCUCACAGGUGCAGCUCACAGGUGCAGCUCACAGGUACAGCUCACAGGUGCAGCUAACAGGUGCAGCUCACAGGUACAGCUCACAGGUGCAGCUCACAGGUGCAGCUCACAGCUGUUUGACGAGUCACGGCUGUGGAAUCCUGCUCCUAGCUGCUCUGAGCGGCUAG